UCCCGCGGGAGAGGCCGGUGCGGCGCCGCCCGCGGCCCGGAGAGGCGGAAAUCCAGCGCGGGGUUUGAGGGGAGCUGAAGGAGUGCCGGCGACCUGCCGGCGAGGAGGAUUCUUGGCAUCUUGGAGAAACAGUAGAAAAUGCAAAACGAAAUAAUAAAGCCUGCUAAAUACUUCUCAGAAGUGGAGAAGAGUGUGCUUCUUGCAUUAGUUGAAAAAUACAAAUACGUACUUGAAUGUAAAAAAAGUGAUGCAAGAACUAUUGCUCUGAAGCAACGUACCUGGCAAGCACUAGCUCAUGAAUACAAUUCCCAGCCCAGUGUAUCGCUGCGAGACUUCAAACAGUUAAAGAAAUGCUGGGAAAAUAUCAAGGCACGGACAAAAAAGAUAAUGGCACAUGAAAGGCGGGAGAAGGUAAAAAGAAGUAUUAGUCCACUUAUAAAUACUCACAUCAUAGGGAAAGAGAAGAUUGCCAGCAUAAUGCCUGAGCAAAUGUACUUUUUGCAGAGCCCACCAGAAGAAGAUUCUGAAUAUCAGCCUGAUGCUUCUAGCCAAGAGUCAUUUGUUGUCUCAAAUAGAGAACUUUGUGAUGAAGAGAAAGAGCUGGUACAUUUCUCAGUAUGUGAAGGUACUUCCCAACCUGAGCCUUCGUGUUCUGAUGUCAGAAUAGCAGCAGAUAAGAACUACAGAAGUAAAGCAUCUCAGGAAAGCGCUCUGAAAAAGAUGCAUGAGGAAGAACAUCAUCAGCAAAUGUCAAUUUUGCAACUGCAGUUAAUCCAAAUGAAUGAAGUUCACGUGGCAAAAAUACAGCAGAUAGAAAGAGAGUGUGAGAUGGCCGAAGAAGAACACAGGAUAAAAAUGGAAGUGCUAAAUAAAAAGAAAAUGUAUUGGGAGAGAAAACUGCAAACCAUCACAAAAGAAUGGCCUGUCUCAUCCUUUAACAGACCCUUUCCUAAUUCACCUUAGAACAUAAAGGGGCAAGGAGUCAGUCUGAUUGAGCACAUUUAUGAGUAACGUGCACUGGAAAGUGGGCUUUUUGAUGUGAAUGUACAGUGACAGGAUAGGUGCCUGGCUUACAGUGAGCACACUUUGACUCUUAAUGUUUAGGGUAACAGUGGUAGAGUCCACCAAGGGGAAAACUGUAUUGUUCAUUUGUACGUAGUUCUAAUUUGUUUAAUUCUCAGACAUGCACAUUGUUCUAAAAUGUGAACAUAUUUUCGCCUCUCAGAAUACCUUGACGUCCUUUGGAAAUGUAAGGUGCUCUGGGUAUUCUUACAUUGGGUGUUCUUAAGAAGACUUUACAGCUUUAAACAUCAGGCUAUAGUGUUUAUUUUGAUUUCUAUCUCCUCCCAUCUACCAUUUCCCAAAUGAAGGCAAGGGUUGGAGUUGCUCUCUGCUAUUGAGACAAAAGGUGAUUGGCAAGUAUUGGUUGGAUUGCUAUGCUGGGGUUUAAGAAAAAAACCUUGUCUCUAGUUAAUAUAGUUCAUAACUUAUUCUUCAUAGAAGAUGUGAUAAUGAAGGAAGUAGCAAAAGGACCACUGUAGUAACUAAGCCCUUUGCUUAUGCAGAACAGUGAUAUCUUCCAACUGGAUGGCUGAUUGAGAGAAUGGUUGUGGGCUGGCCCUGCAGUUGUUUGAUCAUUGACCCUUAAGAAGUUGGAAAGAAGGUGACUUCUUCCUCAAAAGUCAUUGUGCUUGUCCUUUCUUUUCCAACCCAUCUUGUAUUCAAGUAGAAUAUUGAAAUACGAGGGUUACAUGCUGCUGCCAGCACUGUGUGCUGUUCACCUGGAGUCAUUCUGAGGGGAAGAGCUUUUUAACAAUUCAUAAAGCUCUUAAAAUGUAGCUAGCCAGCCAGUCCAUUGGCAAAAUCUCCCUUUAUCUCCCUAUGUAAUGCUUGACAGCACAGCAGCUAGUUUGAGUAUUUCAACCUUUCCCUAGCUAGAAGGAAAGACUGAGACUCGCUCUCUUUUCCUUCAUAGAGGGUGGGAAGGAGCUCAAGGGAAUCAUUCCUGUACUGGAGCACUGUUCUGUUUUGUUCUGUCCUGUGUGUUAUGGUGGUGUGUUUCUUGCAUUUCCUGUCAGUGAGGAGUGAUGGACAUGAUUUGUAUGGAAGUGUUCCCAUGAAGGUCCUCCCCACAGAGUUUGGGGGAUCUGGAAUAGUAGAGGGUACGAAAGCACAAAUAAAGAUAAUCCUUCCCUAGGCAAUCAUUUAGUCUAGAGGAGCAAGGGUUAGGAAAACAUGGAAUACAGAACUCUGCAAAGAUUCAUAAGAAUUUCCCAUGUGUGAAAAGCUGUUUUACAGGAAGGUGUAUAGCCGUCAUCUGAAGCAGUGAGAAAAAUGAACAAAAACAUAAAUUUUCAUUGAAAAACCUGAGUAUCCUGUUAUUCCAUAAAGUAUUUUCAGAUCAUAAUUUGUAAAGGCAAGUCCAUACAGUGGGCAAUAUAUUCAAAUUAGAGUACGUUACAAAACAUACAUUCCCAGUCACGCUCCCGUCUCUUCCCUGGAUGUUCCUUCUGGCAGAGUGAGUUUCUUCUGGUUUUGUUUUGGGUUUGGUUUUGGUUUGUUUUGGGUUUGGUUUUGUUUUUUUUUUUUAUGUUUCUUUUUCUUGAACUGCUUUCCCUGCUGGUGAUUCAUCUUUGCAAACACUGCCAUUAUCAACCACAGUGCUCACUGUCAUUAACGCUGUGGUACAUGUGUUGCUCCCUUCCAACGUGCUAACACCAGCAAUUGCAAUGGGAGUGAUUUUAUUGCAACUUGUCUUGUAUGACAGAGGAAAAAGAAAUUUGCAGAGCUGCUGCAAGAUGAAGAAAAUAGGCCAUGUAUGAAAUCUGAAGACAGAUCUUUUUCACAGCAAGCUCAGUUUUCUCAUAAAUUGGCUGUAUGAAGGAAGCACAGGACGUCCGAAGAAGGAUAACAUUAUGGACACUUUUUUUUUCUGCUGAAUGGAAACACUAUUGGAAGGUAUAAUAACAGUAGAGGCAAAAGAAAGAAGUAAACAGGAGUGGGGACCCUUUUUGUUCUGAGGUUGCAUUCUGUGGUCUGGAAGAUGAGUCUGUUAUUUGAGUGGUUAUGACAAUUGUUCUGGCACCGUCCAGAAAAAAGAAUAGGAAAGACAUUUCUCUUAACCAGUGAUGGGAUUCCUUCCACACUGCUUCUAAUUGAAAGUAAUUUGAAACUAUGAAAUUGAAACCAUGUAUGCUAAGGUGUCAAAAGGUGACAAAUGGGGACAAUUUCAGCACUGUGAAGAGAGUAAGAACAGAGAGACAAUCGAGGUCUAGAUAGCCCUGUGAGAAGGUAUGAAAUAGUCCAGGGAGAAUCUCAUGAAUAAGAGUAGUUUUGACUCCUGAAAAUUAUACCAUUGCUCAUGAAAUACUGUUUUAUUUUUAUAUUUUAAAAAUAAUUUAAAUUAUGCAUGCUUUCAGGUUGUACUAAGCAGGCAAUGCCUUGCAUUUUGCUAGACAUUCUUAUUCUGAGACCAAAAGUCACAGUUCUUAGGCUGAAAAAUAGACCCUUUUAAUUCAGUUUCUAUUUAAAAGAAAGAAGAUCACAGGAGAAAAAUCAGAAAGAGCCAAGAUGAAGAUAUGAAAGAAAGAAUUAUCAGUACAUGCAUAGCAGAAGAAUAUGAAUGUCACACCUAACACAAAUGAUACAAGAUGCUUUUGUGGUACAGGUAAUAGAUGGCUUACUGGUGAUGCAGGCUUUUGCUUUCCCAUCUGUCAUUAACUGUUGGUUGCUGUAAGGUUGGGUGAUAGACAAGCAAAUGUAAAAAUGUAAAAGAUCAACACGAUGAAGUAAUUUGUCUCCUUGCCAGGCUUUGGCUUUUCCAUCUAAAGGCUUUAUAAAGAGAUUGUUGUGGUUGAGUUUAAAGGACUCGAGAAAUAUAGGGUUUACCUUUUUUUUUUUUUUUUUUUUUUUUUUUUUUUUUUUUUACAAUUAUUUCCUCUGGAAUUAGGAUUUAUCUUUUCUUUUGUUUGACUUUUCUUAUAUGUAAUAUAGCAUUCUCAGACAACAUGUCCAUUUGUUCCUCUCCCUUUUUUCUAGUUUACAUCAUUCAAAUACUUUCACAUAAUUGUGUUUUCCUGUUAACCAUUUGUCCAAGCUAUAUAGGCAUUUUCCCAAGGUUUUUCCAUAGGUAAAAUGCAGCAGUAUUUGUUAUACAGGUUGUUGGCAAGAAUGAACUUAAAAGAUACAAUGGGCAGAAUGAGCCCUGCUUAACUCCAUCAGAAAAAAUAUAUACCAGACAUGUAGUGGCCGUUGUUUUCAGCUUCUAUGUUAUUAUGAAGAGAAACUAUACCCUUCUAGGCAAGGGGUGGUGUAUUCCUUUAUGCUCCCCAAAAUGAGCCUGGCUCCAAGUGCUGUCUCUCCUUGGAGAUCAUCUAACUUGUUAUCUGGUAUAAUCUUUCUUAUUUGUUGAUUUUGUCAUGGUCUGAACCCAGCUGGCAGCCAAACACUAUGCAGCUGCUCGCCCACCCACCCCUGCCUGGAGAGAGAAUUGGAGGGGCAAUGGGAGCCUUGU